AUGUUUCAGCUUAGCGAUGAUCAACGACAAUACGAAAUGGCUCUUAACGAUCGUGAUGCUACUCUUCGCCGAAUGCGUGAGGAAUGCCAGACUUUGGUUGCCGAAUUACAAGCCUUGUUGGAUACCAAGCAGAUGCUCGACGCCGAAAUCGCUAUCUACAGGAAGAUGCUGGAGGGAGAAGAGAGCCGUGUUGGUCUACGUCAAAUGGUCGAACAGGUUGUGAAAACGCACUCGUUGCAACAACAAGAAGACACCGACUCGACACGUUCCGUACGUGGCGAGGUUUCCACCAAGACCACAUUCCAACGUUCUGCUAAGGGAAAUGUCACCAUUGCUGAAUGUGACCCUAACGGCAAGUUCAUCACCCUCGAAAACACCCACAGAACAAAGGACGAGAAUCUUGGUGAGCACAAGUUGAAGAGGAAACUGGACAAAGGACGUGAGAUCGUUUUCACUAUCCCUCCCAACACUGUAUUGAAGGCUGGAAAGACGAUGAAGAUCUACGCUCGCGAUCAAGGAGGUAUCAACAACCCACCCGAAUCGUUGGUAUUCGACGGCGAGAACACGUGGGGUAUUGGAGCCAAUGUCGUCACCUCACUCUACAACAAAGAAGGCGAAGAACGUGCCACGCACACCCAGAAAACCAUUCAGACCGGCAUCUAA